UGUAUACCACCACUGGAGACUGUCUUGUCAUUGAUAUAGAGGACAACUUGACAUUUGCAGAGGAGAAUACUGUACCAGACAGCAUGAUCCAUGUUUCAAGAAUGCCCAAGUUCUCCACUUGUGGGACUAUAAGUUUCGAUCCGUCUCCUAUGGAUACAGCCACUGACCAGGACCAGGACUUGAGCUCAUCAGCCAGACACAGAAGACCCAGGUCCCAUUCCUACUACAGCCCAGAGGACGCCAAAAAGUACGGCGUGGAGACGGCGACAGAUGAGAACUUUGUCAGGCCACGCUCCAGGUCUUUCUAUAGUUACGAGACGUCUGAGCUCUACAGAGAGGGGAACUUUACCAGGUCCAACGCCAUGAGGCCGAGAUCCAACUCCCUGGAGAAGAGUGGGGAGGGGAAGAAGGAGAAGAGUAGUGCGGAUGGGAAUCAGGGGAUCAUGGCUCGGCUCAACUCCAAGAGAUCCAAGUCCAACACCAACAAACACUUGCCAUGCAGAGAUCUCAAUGGCAGAAGAGGCAGUCUGAAGGGUGUCCCCAUGAUGACCAUCUCCGAAUCAGACAACUGGGAGAUCAGCUCCUGCUCUGGCAUGAAGUAUGGCCAGUUUGUGGACUGGGAGAAGAUCGACCCUGAGGCUUCAGAGUGCUACCAGAGGAUCCUGAAGUCGGACCACCAGGAGCUGAAGACCAUGGGUCGAUCAGGGUUCUGGACCAUGCCCCAUACACUGAGGGCCAAGGCCUACUAUCAUAUAAUUCAUGGUAUCAACUGCAGGUCCUUCAAACCAGAUCGAGAUCGUUACCAGGAAGUGGCCAAUAAGCUCUUUGGGGAGCAGAAGAUGAUCACACACCCCUUCCCUGAGUACAUGGAUGAUGGUGUGAUCCCCAGGUACUGCCUCAACAAAGCUGGUCUCAAUUCUGUUAAAAAGAUCCUCCUCUGCAUCAGCAAGCACCUCCCGGACAUCAACUUCUGCCCCAUCCUCCCAGCCUUGGUAGCUCUCCUCCUACAUUUCAGCGAAGACGAAGCAGAGUGCUUCCACAGCAUCUGCCGCCUCAUCGCCUACAAUGACCCCAACAAGCGCUACAUCGACCAGACAUUCCUCACCUACAGGGCCUCCUGCAUGACCUUCGGCGACCUGGCCAACAAGUACUGCCGCGGCAUCCGCAAGCUCAUCGCCAGCUCCCACCAGAACCUCUUUGAGUUCUACUCCGAUUGGAUCAUGUGGAUCUUCGCCGAUCUCCCCUUCACAUACGCUAUCAGGGUUCUGGAUGUCUAUCUUCUGGAGGGUUACAAGGUUCUCUACAGGGUGGCUCUGGCUCUUCUCAGCUUGUACAAGGUCUCAGUUUCGUCUCGUGUCGCAGACGUGGAGGACUUCAGGCGAGACAUGAAGAGCUUUGUGGAGAACGUGCCGCGUCACUGUACGGUGGAGAAGCUGCUGGAGAGGGCCUUUAGCAUCCAGCUAGCCACACGGAAGGAGCUCAACCUACUGUUCAAAGCUAACAAGGACUCACUCAUGCAUAAGGGCAUCAGUAUCCACCAGAAGAGGCAGUCGUGCCAGGUAGUGGAUUUUGACAGCUUCAGCUCCAGCGUUGUCACGGGGACAGAGAUGAGGAUUGUCUGGGCCUGGAUCCCUGAACGCUUUGCCCUCUUCAAUCCCAUAAGACUGUUCAGCACCAACGAACAUGGCCGAAGCCUGGCCUCAUUUUAUUCCCGUGUUGAGGGGCAUGAGCCAGCGGUAUUGAUUCUGAAAACUGUGGAUGAAGAGGUCUGUGGUGCCUUCCUGUCGACAGAUUUGAUUCAGCGAAAAGAGUAUGAUUCAGAAGAGCCUGCGUAUUUUGGGACUGGGGAGAGCUUUGUCUUCACGCUUCGUCCAGGCAUGGAGCGCUACCAACGGGCUGUGGUUCACAUUACUGCCAAGAGACAACCUUCUCCAGACCUUCGAGCUGCUAGUGUCUGUGUAUACACUUCCUCUGGUAAAGAGGACUCCUUCUCUACCCCACUCUCUCCCACCUCUACUACCAACCACACCACCCUGACCUGUCCAGCCGGGACCCUCCAGGACCCCAGCUACCUGACCAUCCCCUUCACCACCUCCUCCCCCGGACCUCUCUCCCCCUCACCCAAGAGGGCCAAGGAACAAGGGGCCUCCAUGUUCAUCGCCGGAGACCACGAGAGGCUAGUCAUUGGUGGCGAUGGGGGUCACGCUCUCUGCCUCCAGGCUGAUCUGGAGGGGGGCUACACGGAGCGAUGUGACACCUUCGAGAGCGCCCCUCUCUGCAAGGGACACUUCAAGAUCCGGACGCUGGAAGUGUGGGGAAUUCAAAACUCCAUCUCUUUCUCACACUACUUCUCUUACUGUAAUUAAAAGAGGAGGCUGACAUAUGUUUCCCCCUCUUAUAUGAACUGGUUUCUCCUAAUUCCGUUGUCCAUUUGAUUAGACUGUAUUUUUCUUAACGUUUAUAAUGAAAUAUUUUCUAUUCACACAAUUCAUCUUAGUUAUGUGUGUGUUUGAUGACAAUGACCCAUAGGCUAAACCAAAUAGGGUUUUUACAGUGCAUUCGGAAAGUAUUCAGACCCCUUGACUUUUUCCACAUUUUGUUACGUUACAGCC